AAUAAAAAUAAAAAUACUCUGUAUAUCAAGAAUAAAAAAUCAUCUACGUAAUAGCACACACUAGUACAUGCAAUCGAUGAUAGAUUCAGAGAAAUAUUCCGUCCCAUUAAUUGUCCGGUAUAUAAAUCAACAAGCAAAUUGGAUUACGAGUCGGCGCAUCAUUCAUUAGUGACGUAACUCUAUAAAACUUCAGCGUUAGCUUUAGUCUGUCGUUAACACUCACGGUAUUUCAUUCAACUGCUUUUGUUCCGGCCAAAAGCCGGCUUUUUUUCUUUUUUCUUAUUUUUUCUUUUUCUAUCCACUAUCCCGGCUGCCGUCGGUAAACUGCUUUCAGCAUAUAAAUAUCUUUAUAUAUCAUGAGCCGGUUGUCAGAAGCAAGCCUCGUGUAGUAGCCGGUUAGGAAGAGAAUCGUGUUAGAACACGUGAAUUCGGUCGUUGAAGAAGAAAAAAAGAAAGGCGAAAAAGACAACAAGAGAAGCACUUUUGAUUCUAAUCUUGGGCUGAUUAUUGGAAGUCCCAGGGACGGAAAUUCUGCGACUUUUGUAAAUGUUGGAUCGCUGACAAUAAACCGAGUAUCGACUUCCAUGAGGGCGGAAAGAAGCACAAAGAAAAUGUCAGUAAAAGACUCAAGGAAAUACACAAGAACAGCGCGAAGCAGGCGAAACAAAACAAAAAAUUUGAGGAUGAUCUAAAGAAGAUGGAAAACGCUGCCAUGGCUGCUUAUCUCAAAGAUGUUGAAAACAAUACGAGAGAUAUGACGGCUGACAGGAUAAUAAAAGAAAAACUAAAUCGAUCGGAAAGCCUAAAAGCGCCACAAAAUGCGAAUUCGAUGCCAGAAGCUGCACCGGAAACAGUACCGAGAUUCAAACAAAAUAAUUAUCGACACUUCCCCCAAGAAAUUGAUCCUUGCGAUCCAACGGCUUUGACGAGGUUGUCGCAUACGAAGAACCAGCAAAGUACCAGCGUCGAGAAUAAAACUCAAGGGAAGAAUAAAACAAGUAAAGGAAAGGGGAAAAAAAAAAAGGCCCAAGAGGACGAUGGACGAAGAAAAGCCGUCAGGAAACUUUGGUAUGAGGCUCUCAGUCCCGAAGGAUACACUUACUACUGGCACAUAGAAACUAAUGAAUCAGUCUGGGAACCUCCAGAAGAGGGUUAUAUGACAUUUGCCGAGCAAGAAGAGGAAGUGAAGGAACAAGCUCUUCAGGAAGAACUUUUAGAGCAGUUAAAAAAGGAAGAGGAGAUUGAAAAAGCCGAUCUUAUUGAAGAACAAAGAGCUAAUGCCGAACGAGAAAGAAUGAAAGAAUUGCGAAAGCAACAACAAAGAAAACAAGAAGUACAAAUUAAAGAAGAAGACAGUAAAGAGAUUAUUGUAAAACAAGAGUCGAAAGAAGAAGAAGAGAAACCUUAUAGAAGGGAUUAUAGUAUUCCUGAAUUUCAACAGCCUUAUGGAUCCUGGGAGACUGUAAAAGUCAUAGAAAGGAAACCUGUAGAUCUUCAAUUGCCGCAGCAAAAGCAGAUACAGUUGCCUAUUUUCGAAAAAUCCGAACCACCUCCGCCUCAAAGAAUCUUCAAAGAGAAAACUAUAACAACUAUAUCGACAGGAGAUAGCGAUGAUGAGGGUUCAUCGUUAAGGAUCUUCAAAAAACGGAAGAUAGGAAAUAAGAAUGUACGAAAGAGAUUGGAAGACGAUUGAUCUUGCUACAUAAAUAUUUUGCGUAUAUUUCGAUUGGAAUAUAGAUAAUGAGAAUGCUCUUUGUACGUACUUUUUAAUAAAAAUUUAAAAGGAACUGUAA